UGUAAGUUCAUGCAGCUUUAAUUUUAUAAAUAAACCUUAAAGUAUUAACGAUAUUUGAGGAACUUAAUAUAUCUUUAUUCACGAACCGUACCUUUAUAUGAUAACAUAUAGCAAACAAAAACAACCUGUAUUAUAAAAUGAAAAUCCUUAAUAAAUGUGUAAUUGCUGACAAAUUAAAUUGACAUCCAAUAAUAAAAGUUUAAAUCAUCAGAUCAAGCUGUUAAAGCUUGUGUUUUGUGGUACUGUACAUUGGCAUUCCAGUUUAGAACUCGGCUGUUUGUGAGAAAGGCAUUCAGUGUAGCCAAAAACAUUUGAACUGACUUGUUAUCUUGCUGGAUUGGAUUUAAGGUUACUGAAAUGUAAAUAGCAUAAGUAAAUAUUAAGUGAAUUAACCUGUUUAUACAACGAUCAGAACAGUAGAACAGUAACUGGUAUCACUUUGAUAUUGACGUCACUUUAAUUACUUCUGCAAUAUUCAUUUUUAAGAGCACAUGUACAAAAUUUGUUAUGAAGAAUGCCUCUAAAAUACGUUACUCUACAUUUUUUGCUUAUCUCAAUAAGUUCUAUCACUCAGGAAGGAUGCUUUUUGCAACACCCUGUGUAAGAAAAGUUUAUUAUUUUAUUUUCAAAAGUAAAAAAUAUCUUCAUAUUUAAGGUUUUACAACUAAAAUCUAACCUGAAUUUGAAAACCUGGAGUUUUUUUUUCUUUGCAAUAAGAAGCAAGUUAAUUAUCUUUAAAAGCUAGUUUCUUUAAUGACAUAUAAAUAGAUAUUGAUCAGUGGAAUAAAAUUAUAGAACAGCUUGGCACUCCUUCUCAAGAUUUUAUGAGACGUUUACAACCGACUGUAAGAAAUUACGUCGAAAAUCGACCAAGAUAUGCAGGGUAUCCAUUUGAAAAACUUUUUCCAGAUGUAUUAUUUCCUGCUGACAGUUCAGAACAUAGUAGAUUAAAAGCUAGUCAAGCAAGAGAUUUGCUAUCAAAAAUGUUAGUUGUUGAUCCAGAAAAAAGGAUAUCCGUAGAAGAAGCUCUUAUGCACCCGUAUAUUUAUGUAUGGUAUGACGAAAGCGAAGUCAAUGCUGUAAGUAAAUAUUCAAAAUUUGGUAGAUUACGUUCUCUUAAAACUCAAGACAUAGGAGUGAAGUAAUCGGUAACAACAAAACAAACUGUUAAAUUCGAGGCUACGUAAAAUAUCUUUAACUAGGAACAUUUUUCACCUUGAUUUAGGUCUUUGUUAGCUAGUAGAAUAAGCAGAUUAGAAUUGUUUUUCAUUUAAAAAUUACAAAUUGAAAUUUGAAAAAAUUCCGUGAAUUAGGGAAGGAACAUUAAUCCACACUAAUGCUUAUUUUGUCAAACCAUCUUUAGUUUAUUAAUUCUAUAGAUGAAUUUUGUGGCACAUUUUUUUUUUUAUUGACAAGACAUCUCUGCUGUAAAUUUGUGUAAAAUGGUGGUAACUUUGUUAAAAAUUCAUUUUUGUUUUUCCAGAAACAUAUUAUAUCAUUUGUCAUUUCAUUUUGUAUGGAUCAGUGCUCCAUAACACAACAACAUAUGCUUUUUAUUUCCAUUUCCAUAUAUCUGUUUUAGUAGUUUCAUUUUCCUUUCUUAGUUUGGUAUAUUUGUUUCAGUUCGAAACAUCGAUGUUCUUGGUAUUAUUUUUCAAAGGUCGGCACUCAUAUUGCCACUUUAGUGUUUGGGAAAACUUCUAAAAUUCGGUGAGACACUAUUUAAUGACUAUACAAUGAUAUUCUAUUGUCACACUCUUUGUGUUUCUUUAAAAUUAUUAUAGGUAACUAGUUUCACUCUCUUUCAGUUCCAAAUACAAAUUUAAUAUGGUUACAUUGUAUAAAUUUGUAUUUUGUGGAUUCAGCUUAUUGUAUGUAGAGAUAUUGUCGAGAUGUUAUCUUUUAAAUAGAAAACAGCGAAUUAAAAAAGCAGAGGCAGCUGAAGAGGGGUUAUUUUAUAAUAAUAAUAAAAACAAAAACCCAAAAUGCAUUUGGCUGGAAUUUUGGGAUGUAUUGAUACUAAGAAACGGCUUAACAGUAACAUAAACAAUAUAUGUGAUGAGUAAUUAGUACUAUAAAGUUCUCCAAUAAAACAGGUAGAAGUUAAAUAUGAUUCAGUCUUUUAUCAUGAAACUUAAAAUGAUUGUGAAUAUAUAAUUUUUUGUUCAUAAAUUUCAUUUUAAUAUCAUAGAAAUAUUUUAUACAGUAUGUCUAAAAUGUGAUUGGAGUGGUUCAAGGAUAAAUAUAGAAAUUGAGUUUAAAUCUGUCUGUUGUUCUACAUAGUUCUCUCAAAGCUGUUAAAAAAGUCCUUUUCUGUGAAGUUCUUCAGUUUCCUUCAUACCUUUAAAUCAUUGUACUAAUGUCUCUUUGUGUAAACUUUGGGAACUGAAAAAAAUCUGCAGAGACUAGAUCUUGGGAGUAGGGAGGAUGGGAAAGUUCUAAGACCUUUCUAUGAGUCAAAAGUUGGGUGACAAUCUAAGCCAAAUGUGCAGAAUCAUUGUCUUGCAACAGGAAAAUGUUUUUCUCCUACUACAAGUAUGGCCUGCAUGCCAAAUUUGUUUCAAAAGUCAUUUCAGCACUUUGAUGUAGUACAGUACUGUUACCUUACUGUCAUGAGAGAAGGUAAAAAUCGCUAUGAAUCAAGCAAUGAGCAUCAAAAAAGAUGAUUAAUAUGAUUUUGACCCUUGAUUUUGUGAGUUUUACCUUUGAUGAUCAGGUUUUCCUGAGCCAAUUCACUCAGAACUUUAUCUUAUCAAUAUAAACCAAUUGUGAAAAGACUAUGUUUCAUCACCUGUAACAAUUUUCUGAAAGAAGUCAUCAGAAUCUGCCAUGUCAGUAACAUCAGCUUCCACACACUGCUCUUUUUGUUCAGGUGUUAACAAGAUAUAAGACUGUACCUAACAGAAAUAAACAACCAGACAAAUACAGCACUACCGAAGUCGUCUAUAAAAUACCUUGCACAUGCGAACCCCCAAAAGUAUACAUCGGUGAAACAAAAAGAAAAUUAGAAACAAGACUAAAAGAACACAUCGCAGACCUGAAGUAUAACAGAAUCAACUCAGUUUUUUA